UGCGAACUUGGCUCCUUGAAUGCAAGAAACGUGUCUUGAUCUACUUCUAAUCCUGUUUGUGUCUUUCCCACUGUCAAUCCGACUGCCUUACUUUUGCGAUAAUGUUCACCGUUGUGCGGAUGUCUCAGUUACCCGCCACGUCUCACUUGCAGCGCCCCCGACGGCGCCCCAAUCUCCGCUCUCUGCGCUGACACUCACUUUCAACUUGAACACCAACACUGAUCUCCCCCAUGUCUGCUGCAUCGUCUCCCCUGCUUCCGGCUUCCGCUGCGUACGACGUUAAAUACUGCACUCUCUGCGACGCCUACUUCUACAGCCUUGACAUGCUCAGGGAUCACAUCCAAGGUUCGAGCAGACACCCCAGAUGCUCUGAGUGCGAUAAGCGCUUCCUUAACAACAACUCUCUACGAAACCACUAUGUUCUCUCCACCAGACACCAUUACUGCCGUAUCUGCCAGAAACACUUCAAGACUGACGGGGGGUUUCAAGUGCAUCUCGAACUCGUUCACGGAGAAAGCGAUGACGAAGAUGACGAGCUUCGCGAGUUCCCAGACGACUGGGAAGAUCGGAUUGCACGAGAGCGAUACGAUGCUCUGUACGGCUCUGAGAUUCCUCUUCCUGCAGAGGAUCUCAGAGCGAAGCCUCGGCCUGCUUCACAACCCACUACCACCCCUAAAGCCGGCAACGUGUUCAGACCGCAAUGCCCCAUUUGUCUUUGCAGGCGGAAGAAGACCGUUGCGACACGGUGCGGGCAUGUCUUUUGUUCCCGCUGCAUUCGCCAUGCCAUGGAGCAAGCGUCUGUGUGCCCCACAUGCAGACAGCCCGCUCUCCUCGAGCAGUUGCGCUCUCUUAAGUUCGCCUGAAGUAGGACAGAAUCCAUUAUUCCCACCUGGUCAAUGCAGUGCAUGUAAAUUCCCGCCUGAUCAAUGCAGCGAAUGUAAU